AUGGCGAGGCAGGCCUUAUGAUAUUUUAUUGGGAUCGUCGUACACAUACUGGCUGUACACACUAUUACUUGCGAAUCAAAUCCUACAUAUUACUGGAACAGUGAGAGCUAACCUUCCAAAGCGUGAAGCCCGGCCUGUACUCAAUCACCGCGUGUUACAUUGCCGUGAAGGCCAAUCUUACCCAGACAGUGAGAAUUGUAGACAGUAUUACGAAUGCAGGCAAUGGUCGCUGAUACAUAGAAAGUGCCCUGGCACUGAUGAGUUCGAUCCUGUAUACCAUUUGUGUCUACCGCCGAAACUAGUAAAAUGCAAAUUCAAGAAACCUUACGUUGUAACGACUACGCUGAGAAAUUGCGACGAAACAAAUAAUGUAGGCGUUGUAGUUCCUGAACUACCCGAGGUUAAGGCAAAUGCAAAAAAUCAAACUUCUGAUUUGGAGCCUGCAGUGGAACCAAUACCUAAUAUAGAACUUUCAUCAACAACUACAGAAGCGACAAGUUUCACGCCAACUAAAAUUAUAAAACCAGGAAUAUUUACAGUUACGGAUAAAGCAACAACAAACGCGGAAGAUGCUACACCUUCAACAACAAAAACAAGUGAACCAGCAACGAUGACGUCAGUAACCUUAAGUAGUGCUUCCUCUAUAAUAUCAGGUGAACCAAAAUCAACUACGGUACCAAAUAAACCAAUCACAAUAACCACUGAAGCCACUAGCUCUUCACAAAUACUUCCAAGUGAGUAUACUGAAACAAAUGAGUUCCCUACAGCAGUGCCAGUUACUGCUUCAGUGAAGGUACCAAGUAUACCAAUUAAUCCGUCAUCAAUAACAACAACUGUAACAAACAGGUUCACGGCUGCAAUUUCAACAGAGUCAGUGAGUUAUUUACAUGAACAGAUUUCAUCAUCAACAAACCAACCACCAACAUUUAAGAUGUCUAGUGCAACAACUAGUUAUACUCCAACAAAAGAAACUGAAUCAAACACUAUAACAGCGUCACUAACGCAAAGUGAACCAUCAACGCCAACAACGAUAAAGGAAGAAGUAAUUACUUCUUCAACUAAAGCAAAGGAAAAUGUUUCCUCAAUACCAUCAUAUCGACCAACAGAAUUUACAACGCCUAGUGAGUCAACAACAAAGACGUCUACAUCAAUAUCUAUGACUCCUACUAAUUCGACAAUAGAAACGCCUAUAAAAACAACUAUUUCCACAUCUCUACCAAGUGAAUUAACCACUCCUCCAUUUAUACCAAGUGAACAAGCGACGAAGAAAGGCCCUCCUUCUUCAUCAACAACAUCGAAUUCAGAAUCAAUAUCAACAUAUGAAACAACAAGUUCAACAUCAACAAUUUCAAGUGAAUCUACCACCAUAUCAUCGAUGUCAUCAACUGAACUAGCAAAUGAAACAAAACCAAGUAAACCAACAUCUUUACCUAAUACACCUAGUAGAUAUACAAUAACAUCAUCCACAUUACCAAUUCAAUCGACCACAAUAUUGCCGCCACACGAGACUAAAGAAUGUGAAUCAGAACAGUUAUAUGCCGAUCCCACAGACUGUCGCCGGUUUUAUUUCUGCAGCAAUGGCGAAAUGUAUGAACAAGCAUGUCAAUCCUAUUUCUUAUUUCAUCCACAGAGACUGGUCUGUCUACCUAAGUACCUUGUGAAUUGCUUAUCAAAUCAAGUUACGAAUGAAUUAACGAAUGAUAAAAAAAAUACAAUUUUGUCUUCAACGUUACCAAGUUUUGUAGAACCCGUUACAGCUUCUCUGAAGCCUAUAUCAACUCCAUCAAUACUGUCAAGUGAAACAACAACACCGUCCUCAUCCAUUUCACCAAAAAAAUCUCUAUCUUCAGUGACUCCAACUGAAUCAGUUACUUUGUCUUCAACAUUACCAAGUAAAGAUAUUAAAACCACUGCGAUUGAAACCGUUGCAACUUCUUUGAAGCCUAUAUCAAUUCCAUCAAUAUUGUCAAGUAAAACAACAGUACCAUCACCGACAAAAUCAGAAAGUUCUCCCUCUUCAGUAACUCCAACUGAAUCAGUUACUUUGUCUUCAACAUUAACCAGUAAAGAUAUUAAAAGUACUGCAAUUGAUACUGUUGCAACUCCUUUAAAACCUCUGUCAACUCCAUCAAUAUUAUCAAGUGAAACAACAACACAGUCAUCGACCAAAUCAGAAAGUUCUUUAAUUUCAGCAACUCCAACUGAAAAAAUAACUUUGUCACCAAAUGAAAAUAUCCCAACAACGAUAGUGGAGACUCAACCAAGUAAUUCUUUACCAACAGCUCUUACAACACCAGAAGAUAUUACUACUUUAUCGACAUUAACAAAUAAAUCAAUAACAUUGUUGCCACAUACAAUAAGCGAUGAACAAGGUUCAUCAUCAUUUACGAUAAACUUUAGAAAUGAAACAGCUACAACUAUUGAGUUAACUACGUCACCGUGGAGAAUGGAUAUAACUACUGAAUCUUUCUCUACUAGUCCAGAUGAACUGACCUCGCUAUUACCACCAAAGUCAAAUGAACCAUGCGAUUCUGGUGCCUUGUAUCCCGACCCUUAUGAUUGUCAUAAGUUUUACGUUUGCGUGAGGGGUGAAUUAUAUCACAAUAACUGCCAAGAUACAUUCGUCUUUCAUCCAACAAAACUCGGUUGUCUGCCACCAACCAUAGCAGAAUGUAUAUCGAUUUCAAAAACAACUGCCGCAGUGCCUGUCGAUUUUACUACAAUUUCCAGAAUAUCAACACAGAAUACACAAACGACAUCGGUGCCAUAUGAACCUACCACAAAACCGAUGCCUUCAAAGCCAAUUGAAUUCUGCGAAUCAGGGCAAUUAUAUGCCGAUCCCACGGACUGCCAUGCGUUUUACUUUUGCGUCAAUGGUAAACUAUAUCAGGAGAAAUGUCAGAAUCGUUAUCUAUUUCACCCAAAAAAACUGGUCUGUUUACCUGAAUUAGUUGUUCCUUGUUCACCAAAUUCAACAACUACUCCGAUUGUGCCAAUUGGACCAAUAUUUUCAUCAUCGACUACUACUGAGGAUGCAAUAUCAACUCAAACGAUAAUAAAUUCGAAAGUUGAACCUUUGACCACUCCAUCAGACUUCAUUUCUACUCCAGCCAUAACGUCAAGUGAAACAAUAAUACAAUCAGCAACGACACCUGUAAACCUUUCACCAAUGCCAACAAUAACAUUUAGUACUCCUUCAUUAACCACUACAUCGGAUCCAGUAAAGAUAAGUGUACAGACAACACUGACGCCUACCAAUCGGACGCAGUCAUCACCAACUACAAGUGAAAAUUUUACGCCUUCGUCUAUACCAAUACAAACAACAUUUAUUUCAACACCAAAAGGGGUAACAACUUUAUUACCAAAAACAAGUGAAUCUACAUCACUGCCGUCGUUAACAUCAAGAAAUCAACCAUGGACAACUUCAUCAUUGACAUCAAGUGCGACAAGGGAAAUAGCAACUACACCAUUUGACUCUACAAAAAUGUCAACGCCUAUUACUUCAAAUACGACUAAUGAAAGUCUUUUGACACCUGACAUUUCUAUCACUACUCCAUUUGAAUCAUCGAGGUUGUCUACAAUAUCUAUUGUAAAUACAAAUACGUCAGAUGAAUUAUUAAGUACACCAAAUACAGAAACAACCGAAGCAAUAAGCAAAUAUACUUUUACGGAGACCCCUAAAGUAGCAAAUAUAUCAAAUGAACCUGGUAAAUCAUCAAGCACGCAGAGUGUAUCUAGUAUUUUAACAACUAGUGAGUUGGCUUCUACGGGGACUCCUGAAAUACCAAAUGAAACUGCAAAUACACCAGUAGAGUCCUCAACUAUGCCAACUAUAACAACUAUUACGACAAUACCAAAUAAAACUGCAAAUACUCCUGUCGAGUCAUCAAAUAUGACAACUGUUACAACUAUUACGACAAUACCAAAUAAAAGUGCAAAUACUUCUGUCGAGUCAUCAAGUACGCCAACUGUAAGAACUACUACGACAGUACCAAAUGAAACUGUAAAUACAUCUGUCGAGUCCUCAACUAUGACCACUGUAACAACAACUACGACAAUAUCAAAUGAAACUCCAAAAAUACCUGUAGAGUCAUCAAGUAUGCCAACUGUAACAACUACUACGACAAAAAGCGAAUUCACAUCUACUGAGAUUUUUGAAACACCUAAUUUACCAAAUGAAAUAUCUAACACACCUAGAGAAUCGUCAAGUAAGCCAAGUGUAUCGCAUACUACAACAGUAAAGGAAUUAACUUCUUCUAAGAUGCCUGAAACACCAAAUGUGCCAAGUGUUACAACAAAUACACCAAUAAAUCAAUUAACAUCUAUAGACAUGUCUGAAACAUCAAAUCUACCAAACGAAAUAUCAAGUACACCUGAUGAUUUAUUAAGUACAAUAACUGUGCUAACUAUUCCAACAACCAUUGCAUAUACUUCUAAGAAGACUAGUGAAGUACCAAAUAUAAGAAAUGAAACACCAAUUACACCUAGUGAAUCAUCAAGUACACCAAGUAGACCAAAUACUUCAACAGUAAACGAAUUUACUUCUACUGAGACGCCUGAAACGUCCAAUAUGACAAGUGAAACUCCAAAUAAACCUGAUGAAUCAUCAAAUAUGGCAACUGUGACAAUAACUACAAAAAUAAAUCAGUUCACAUCUACGGGCAUGCCAAAAAUAACAAGUAUAUCUAGUGAAUUACCUAAUACAAUAAGUGUGCCAACUACAUCAACAAUCUUCGGAUACACUUCUACAGAGACCGCUGAAGUACAUGUGUCCAAUGAAACACCGACUACAUCGAGGGAAUCAUCAAGUACACAGAGUGUACUAAAUACUUCGACAAUAAAUGCAAUAAGUUCUACUGAGACGCCUGAAACGCCGAGUAUGACAAGUGAAACACAUAAACCUGUCGAACCAUCAAAUAUGCCAAUUGUUACAACAACUACACCAAUAAAUCAAUUAACAUCUACGGGCAUGUUUGAAACAUCAAAUCUACCAAAUGAAAUAUCAAGUACACCUGAUGAUUUAUUAAGUACAAUAACUGUGCCAACUAUUCCAACAACCAUUGCAUAUACUUCUAAGGAGACUACUGAAGUACCAAAUGUAAGAAUUGAAACACCAAUUACACCUAGAGAAUCAUCAAGUACACCAAGUAGACCAAAUACUUCAACAGUAUACGAAUUGACUUCUACUGAGACGUCUGAAACGUUAAAUAUGACCAGUGAAACACCCCAAAAAUCUGUAGAACCAUCAAAUAUGCAAAGUGUUACAACAACUACACCAGUAAAUCAAUUAACAUCUACGGACAUGCCUGAAACAUCAAAUCUACCAAAUGAAAUAUCAAAUACACCUGAUGAUUUAUUAAGCACAGUAAAUGUGCCAAAUAUUCCAACAACCAUUGGAUAUACUUCUACGGAGACUCCUGAAGUACCAAAUAUGACAAAUGAAACACCAAUUACCCCUAAUAAAUCAUCAAGUACGAUAAAUGAACCAUCCACAUUAUUACCAAUUACACUAGCUACCCCCACUUCAUCUGAAACUUUAACUUUGCCUACAAAGCAAAGUGAAGAAACAUCAACAAAACCUAGCAUUGAGCCUUACACAGCAACAUCUUCCGAAUCCAUUACAACGUCGAGUAAAGACAAUGAAUUACUUACUACGACGCAAAGUAGUUCAAUUAAUACUAAUUCCAGUAAAGAAGUUACUGCUAUUCCAGUAGAACCUUUAAUUACGAACCCAAAUGAACUUGUAACAAUAACGUUACCACCAAACCUAAAUGAAUCAUGCGUCUCAGGUACUCUGUAUCCUAAUCCUAGUGAUUGUCACCAAUUCUAUAUCUGCAUAUGUGGUGAACUAAAACUGACAGAAUGCGAAGAUGCAUUUUUGUUCCAUCCAACAAGGCUAGGAUGCCUACCUUCAAUCAUAACACCAUGUUCGUCGAUUCCAACUAUGCAUUCAACAGCACCAAGAUCUCCAAUAGCACCAAUGAAUUUAUCAACGAUAUCGAUGUCAUGUGAACAAUUUACAUCAAUGCCAAUUCAAUCUACAACAUCUGUUUCUCAAAAUACAAAAACUGACCCAAUAAUAUACACAACUCAAGAUUCCCAAUAUAAAAUGUCUUCUCAAAAACCACAUUACAUUGAAACAACACCAAUGCCUAUUAUAGAUAAAGCAUCUAGUGCUCCAGCUAUAACUACAGCAAGAGAAUUUGUUACAACUACAAGUGAAGAAUUCACUACACUAAACGAAGCUACAACCUUCGUAUAUGAAGAUGUUACUUCAACACUAAGUGACACAAUGAGUACAAAGCCAAGAGAACAAUUUACUACUACAGCUGAGACACUAAUCACCACGCCAAGUGAGCCAUUUUCUCUAACGCCAAAUGAAGUGUUUGCUACAACACCAAGUGAUAGAUCACCUACGAUAUCAAAUGUAACAAUAACUACGAGGCCAAGCGCAGCUACUUUAUCUCCAAGUGAAGCACUUACUACAAUAACAAAUGAAGUUACACCACAGACUGAAGAAUUCACCUCAACUUUCGGUAAAGAAUUUACUAAAAGUCCAAGCAAAUCUACUACUCCUUCAAGUGAGGUUAUAACUUCAACAUCAAGUGAUGCAAUGACUACAACGGCAAGAGAACAAUUUAUUACAGUUUCUGAUAAAUCAAUUUCUACCAUGUCAAGUAAAAUAUUUACAACACCAAGAGAAGAAUUUAUUAUUACUUCAAGCGAUAAAUUUACAACAAUUUCCAGGGAAAUAAAUAUUGCAACUCCAACUGAAGCUACUUCAAGUGAUCCAAUUGCAACACCCGGUGAAGCAAUAAGUAUAAUGCCAAAAGGAGUACUAACUACUGUACCAACGAAAGAAUUUACUUUUGUGACAACGGAAACUACUAUACCUUCAAGUAAAAAUAUGAUUACUACACCAAGUGAAGUAUUUAUUACUACACCAACCAUGGCCACUGUACCUCGCAGUGAAAAUAUGAUUACAAUAACGGAUAAAUCAAUUACUGCAACACCAGGUGAAAAAAAUAGUACACCUCGAGAUGAAUCAAUCUAUUUUACUACAAAAGAAGUUACUAUAACAUCAAGUGAUGAAUUUGCCACACAAACAAGUGAGAAGUUUACUACACCUUCAGAUAAGAUAGUCGUUACUCUAACAAAAGAAGCUACGCUACCACCUGAGAUAAGCACUUCACCAACAAGUGAAUCAACUAUUUCGACAUCAGAAGUAUUCAUUACGCCACCAAAAAAAGCGUCUUCUACAUCUAGAACUGAAGCGAGUAUUGCUACAGAUGAAGCAAUACUAACCACAUUAAAAGAAAAAAUGUUUACAACACAGAGUGAAGUAUUAACAACAACAAAAAUUAAACCAUUUACUACACCUAAUAACAAACAUACUUCCGACGAAGAAUUUUCUAUGACGCCAAGUUAUAUAUUGACUACUACACUAAGCAAAAAUUCUAAAGAUCCAAGUGAGGCAAUCGCUACUACAGUAAAAGCUGAAUUUAUUUCAAUGCCAAGUGAAGUAGUGCCUAUGAUGCCAGAAGUAGUUACCACUGUAAUACCAUAUGAAUUUAGUUCUACUUCUCCAUUUGAACAAACGACAUCGUCCACGAAAUCAAGCGAAAAAACUACACUGCUACCUCCAAACAUAAAUAAACCAUGUGAUUUGGGUUCCUUAUUACCAGAUCCCACAGACUGUCAUAAAUUCUACAUUUGUAUAGAUGGUGAACUAAGACGUAAUGAAUGCCAAGGUACAUUUAUGUUCCACCAAAUUAAAUUAAUCUGCCUGCCACAAUUUUUAGUACAAUGUCCAACACCAGGAGAAAAAACAACCACACCUCGAGACGAAUCAAUCAAUAUUACGACAAAAGAAGUUACUAUAACAUCAAGUCAUGAAUUUACAGAGACAAGUGAGAAGUUUACUACACCUUUAGAUGAGAUAGUCGUUACUUUAUCUAAAGAAGCUACGCUGUCACCUGAGAUGAGCACUUUACCUACAAGUGAAUCAACUAUUUCGACAUCAGAAGUAUUUAUUGGUACGCCAAAUGAAGAAUUCAUUACACCACCAAAAGAAGCAUCUUCCACAUCUACAAAUGAAGCGAGUAUUGCUACAAAUGAGGCAAUAUUAACCACACCAAAUGAUAAAAUAUUUACAUCACAGAGUGAAGUAUUAACAACAACAAAAAUUAAACCAUUUACUACACCCAAUAACAAACACACUUCCGAUGAAGAUUUUUCUACGACGCCAAGUUAUAUAUUGACUACAACACUAAGCAAAAAUUCUAAAGAUCCAAGUGAGGCAAUCGCUACUACAGUAAAAGCUGAAUUUACUUCAAUGCCAAGUGAAACAAUGCCUACGAUGCCAGAAGUAGUUACCACUGUAAUACCAUAUGAAUUUAGUUCUACUUCUCCAUUUGAACAAACGACAUCGUCCACGAAAUCAAGCGGAAAAACUACACUGCUACCUCCAAACAUAAAUAAACCAUGUGAUUUGGGUUCCUUAUUACCAGAUCCCACAGACUGUCAUAAAUUCUACAUUUGUAUAGAUGGUGAACUAAAACGUAAUGAAUGCCAAGGUACAUUUAUGUUCCACCAAACUAAAUUAAUCUGCCUGCCACCAUUUUUAGUACAAUGUUCAACGGUUGCGACAACAACUAUAAUUCCUUCAGCUGAUUCUCACAUAUCAGAUAAUACUUCUACAACUCCUCAAUGGGUCUACGCAACAUCAACACUGGCGGUGACAACGGACGAAACUUCAUCGAUCACACAAAACGAAGAGGAAGUAUCGACGACUGAAGUAUCGUCAACAGAAAUGGAAAUAUACAAAGAGUCUCUUUGUGAAGAGAAUAGAAGAUACCCCGACCCUAAAGAAUGCAAAACUUUCUAUGUGUGUGAAGGAGGACAGUAUGUGAAAAAAUCGUGCCCACAGUCAGAAGAAUUUAAUACGAUGACACUAAUGUGCCUUCCAAAGUUCAUAGCGAAAUGUGUAAGAUACCCAGAAGACAUUUAUUGCUACGAUGGAAAGUUUGGGCAGAAACAUUAUCUUAAAUAAAUUGAAUUCAUAGGUAAUAGAAAAGGUACAAAAAAACAGAUAUUUACUUAUAUAAAGAAUUUGUAUACUGAUGUUAGAAAUAAAGACUUUUACUA